GAGAGAUUUGUUUGUUUGCUUAAUCAGCUAUGAGCGCGAGGCAAAGGCGCGUCGUCUCGCCGGAGGGAAUGGGCGGGAAAGAUAGCUGCAAUCGGAAUUCUUAAGAGCUACUGGUUCGAGCGAAUCAAUGUAAUUCGAUAUUGUUUGUAAGUAAGUUGCAAGAAUUCGACGAAGAUGAGCGGCAGCUUGAACGACGAUAGUUUCCAUCAAGAUCUUCAACCCCGAGCCAAUAAUGUUUCCGACUACUUAUCGCACCAGCUUCAACCUCCGCCGCCGCCUCGUCGUCCUCGUGGUUUUUCCGCCACCGCUGCUGCUAUAGGACAGACAACUUCCAGGGCUUCUGCUACUGGCGGCAAGGCAAAGAGAGAGAGAGAGAAGGAAAAAGAGCGGACGAAGCUUCGUGAGCGCCAUCGCCGAGCCAUUACUAGUCGAAUACUGGCGGGACUCCGCCAGUAUGGUAACUUCCCCCUUCCUGCUCGCGCUGAUAUGAAUGAUGUGCUGGCCGCGCUUGCUAGGGAGGCUGGUUGGGUUGUCGAGGCCGAUGGCACCACAUACAGGCACUCCACUCCGCCUUCUCAGUCCCAAGAGGCAGCAUUUCCUGUAAGGUCAGGUGAAAGCCCUAUCUCAUCCGGUUCUUUUAAGAGUUGCUCUAUUAAAGCAGCUUUAGAUUGUCAGCCAUCUGUUCACAGAAUUGAUGAGAGCUUGUCUCCAGCAUCUUUAGAUUCGGUUGUUAUCACGGAAAGAGAUGCAAAGAAUGAGAAGUAUGCAGCUUUGAGCCCUCUUAACUCAGCUCACUGCCUGGAAGAUCAGAUUUUGAGUUUGAAAAAUCAAACUUUUGGUCAACUGAUGCAGCUUACACAAGAUAUUCGCCCUAGGGAGAAUGAGAGUCAGUUCAGAGGCACUCCUUAUGUCCCUGUUUAUGUAAUGCUUUCAACUGGUUUUAUAAACAACUUCUGUCUAUUGAUUGAUCCUGAUGGCGUUAGACAGGAGUUAAGUCAUUUGAAAGCACUAAAUGUUGAUGGUGUUAUUGUGGAUUGUUGGUGGGGUAUCAUAGAAGCUUGGAACCCACAGAAGUAUGUGUGGUCUGGCUAUAGAGACCUUUUUAACAUCAUACGAGAAUUCAAGCUGAAAUUGCAGGUUGUGAUGGCAUUCCAUUCAUGUGAGGGAACUGAAUCUGGUGAUGCAUUUAUCAACCUCCCACAAUGGGUUUUGGAGAUAGGGAAGGAAAACCCCGAUAUAUUCUUUACAGAUCGUGAAGGAAGGAGGAAUGAGGAUUGUCUAUCUUGGGGCAUUGACAAAGAGCGAGUUUUAAGAGGAAGAACUGGCAUGGAGGUCUAUUUUGACUUCAUGCGAAGCUUUCAUACUGAGUUCAAUGAUUUGUUUGCUGAGGGUUUUGUCUCUGCGAUUGAAGUAGGACUGGGGGCAUCUGGAGAACUAAAAUAUCCUUCUUUCUCAAAAAGAAUGGGAUGGAGCUAUCCUGGUAUUGGUGAGUUUCAGUGUUAUGAUAAGUAUCUACAACAGAGUCUGCGCAAAGCUGCUGGGCUUCGUGGUCACUCAUUCUGGGCUAGAGGACCUGAUAAUUCUGGACAAUACAAUUCUAGACCACAUGAAUCAGGGUUCUUCUGUGAACGAGGUGAUUAUGAUAGUUACUAUGGGCGCUUUUUCCUCCAAUGGUAUGCGCAGAUGCUGAUAUAUCAUGUAGAUAAUGUCUUGUCUCUUGCAAGCCUUGUCUUUGAGGAAACAAAAUUUAUCGUUAAGAUUCCUGCAGUUUAUUGGUGCUACAAAACUUCUAGUCAUGCGGCAGAGCUCACAGCUGGGUUUUAUAACCCCUCUAACCAAGAUGGUUACUCCCCUGUUUUGGAUGUUCUGAAGAAACACUCUGUAAUAGUCAAACUCGUAUGCUCUGGUAUGCCAGUUACUGGUCAGGAAGUGGAUGAUACAUUGGCUGAUCCAGAAAGUUUGAGUUGGCAGAUUUUAAAUUCUGCUUGGGAUCGAGGCUUAACUGUAGCUGGUGAAAAUUCCCUUUCGUGCUAUGACAGAGAAGGACAUAUGAGAAUUAUUGAUAUGGCAAAACCGAGGAAUGACUCUGAUCGCCAUCAUUUCUCUUUCUUUGCAUAUCGUCAGCAGCCUGCUGCUUUGAUUCAAGGAGCGGUUUGCUUCCCGGAGUUGGACUACUUCAUUAAGUGCAUGCAUGGCGAGAUAGUAGACGAUUUGGUGCCCUGUUGAAGUGCAAAAUUCUCACUCAUACAUGGAUUGCAAACUGUAGCUACCGUUCUAGACAUGUUCAGGUAAAUUAUUGUCAUCUCAAACCUCGUAAAAGAGCAUAGUGAUUGUAAAUUUCAUCUUCUAUGCGUCGUUUUAAGUUGCUGCCUUUGAAUGAUGAAUCCAUUAGAGUUUGUUAGUGACCAGUUCAGCUGGAAAAAUUUAGUUGGUUUAAAAUAUAUAUAUCAUGGCUUCAAACUUCAACCCCAUUUAUAUCUGUCCAGAAAAA